UCAUGGAAAAUUUUCCGCCACUAAUCUUCCCAGCCGGCAGCUCCGCCACUACCAACACCACCACCACCGCCGACGACGACAUCAGCCUGCAAGAAUGGCCGUCACCUCAACUCAACUGGUCCCCCGAAACUCUCCAUCCUUACUUCGCCGCCGCACCUCACAUGUCCUCCACCAACAGCUCCCCUGCCGAGAAUCCCUCUUCUCCUAUCACACCCCCCAUUGAUUCCGACAAAGAUAGAAGAUUUAUUCACCUCCUCACGGCGGCCGCUGAGGCCCUCUCAGGGCACGUCGACGGCCGAGAUCUCGCCCGAGUGAUAUUGGUUCGGCUCAAGGAGUUAAUCUCAACUGACAACACCGCUUCCAGCUUCGAGCGCCUUUCAGCCCACUUUACCGACGCGCUGACCGCUCUCCUCGACGGCUUCAACGCCUCCCCUAACCGCGGAGAACCAAACCAGCUUCCACGCCACCUUUACCCUGCCACCGAAGUUCUCACUGCCUUCCAACUGCUUCAGGACAUGUCUCCACUCGCCAGCUUUGGCCACCUCACCGCCAAUCAGGCUAUCCUCGAGGCUGUCUCCGGCGAGCGUCGCGUGCACAUCAUUGAUUACGAUAUAGCAGAGGGAAUACAGUGGGCGUCUCUCAUCCAAGCGAUGGCGUCGAGGUACGACGGCGCACCGACUCCUCAUCUCAAGAUCACGGCCGUAACUAACGGUAGACGGAGAUCGGCUUCUGAAGCGAAGGAAGCAGGGCGAAGGCUCACCAACUUUGCGGCAUCCGUCGGCCAGCCGUUCUCGUUCCGGUUAUGCCGGGGCCGGCUGGACCAACAAAAAAGGUUUCAGCCGGUGGCGGUUAAGGUGGUUAAAGGAGAGCCGUUAGUGGUCAACUGCGUGCUACACAGUGGGCAGAAUGGCUACAGCCAUGGCUCCGUUGCAUCGGUUGGCUCCUUUCUGCUCAGCGCCGCAGAACUUGGAGCUCGGCUAGUGACUGUGAUUGAAGAAGAAGUGGGGGGCGAAUCAGUCGGAGAGGAGAAAGGCAGCUUUUUGCGGAGGUUUGUGGUUGAGUUGCAGAGGUAUAAGGCGAUAUGGGAGUCGCUGGAAGACGGGUUUCCGAAACAGGGGAGAGUGAGGGAAAUGGUGGAGAGGGUGAUAUUGGGACCGAGGAUCUUCGCGGCAGUGAGGAGGGCAUAUGGAAGGAAUGAGAGCGGGGUGCCAAGCGGGGAGUGGAUGGCAGCGGUUGGAUUCAAGAGGGUUGAUUUGAGCUUCUUCAACCAUUGUCAGGCUCGGUUGCUUCUUGGGUUUUUCAAUGAGGGAUACAGAGUCGAAGACGAUGCGUCGAACAAGAUCGUGCUGAGUUGGAAAUCUCGCCGGCUGCUUUCGGCUUCCGUUUGGAUUCCAACGCUUAGGUCGCCAUCGCCGGCAUUUUGAAAGUAUAUGUAUGUAGUGUUCUGUUUGGAUUUUGAACUCUUUCAGAGAAAUUAGAGAGCUUUGGUUAUUAGGAAUGAUAACU